AUGUUUACUCCUCGAUAUGAUGAUCCUGUCUUCGAUCCAGAUGUCAAAUUUAGUAUGUCUAUGCUAGAUUCGGAUUGGAAAGCACAUUAUAUACAUCCAGAUUACUAUAAACUACUCGAACCAAAUGCAACAGUUGAACAGCCUCCUAAAGCUGCAUUAAAUUUCGUCGAUUAUAUGUCAGAAUAUCAAAGUAAAUUGAGACAUCAUCACGAUGCAUCGACAUACACAAUUAAUAUUACUUCAAAUGAUGUUGGAAAAGAUUAUGAGGUUUACGAUGUAAAUCUGGUAUAG